UUUGUUGAUGUUCUCCGUCACCUGACCGACCACAAGUUCAGCCUCCGAGUUCAGCUUCAGAUCACAAACAAACCGUCAGCAUGACUUUGGCCCGACGGGGCUGCAGCUCGGAUCCAGUCAGCUGCAGACAGUUUUCUUAUUUUUAGUCCUGCGUCCCUCCAGAGACGGACUGAGGGCAGCUAGCGCUACGUUUGUUAGCCUGCUAGCUCCAGUUAGCAUCCAGAUCUACGGCUACAAGCUAACGGGCUAGCUGUGUUCGCCGAUGUGAAGCCAUGGAGGGGAUUCUGUACAAAUGGACGAACUACAUGACAGGCUGGCAGCCUCGUUGGUUCGUCUUAGAGAACGGAGUCAUUUCCUACUACGACAGCGAGGACGAUGUCGGCAAAGGAAGCAAAGGAUCCAUCAAGAUGUCCGUGUGUGACAUUAAAGUUCAUCUGACAGAUCCGACCCGUCUGGAGCUGAUAAUUCCCGGUGAGCAGCAUUUCUACCUGCGAGCCGUGAACGCUGCAGAGAGGCAGAGGUGGCUGGUGGCUUUAGGGUCGUCUAAAGCCGGAACUCUGGACAGCCACAAACACAAAGGUCCAGAGUGUCUGAAGACAAAGAUGUCUGAACUCCGGCUGUACUGCGACCUCCUCGUCCAGCAGGUCCAGGCCAUCCAAUCACAGCACAGCGCCGACACAGAGGCCACGCCCACCUCAGAGGCGUCGCUGCUCAGUGCCACAUGUACGACCUUCAUCAGGACUCUGGAGGAGUGUAUGACGCUGGCCAACCAGAGUUUAACCCCCGACCUCCAACCUCCAGAACGGAUGAAACGGUCGAUCAGUCAUCCUGGAACCUACAGCUUCGACAGGUCGGGCGUCCUGAAGGAAUAUGUUGAUGGAGGUCAGAAGUCGACUCAACGCAGAAACCGAACGUGUUCAGACAGCUCAGUGUACGACACUGAACGUUUACUGCCGAGCCUCAACGGCGACUCGUCCUCCAUCCCCGAGGAGAGAGGAAGUAGCCUGAAGACGACGCCCACCGACACCGACACCGACCUGUCCAUCUGAGGUCCAUCUGAGGUCCAUCUGAACAGAACCUGCUAAAGAAAACUCCACCAGAUCAGUCGACCUCCUGAGAAACAUCCUUCUUCUUUUUCUCAGCUGAUCUCUAAACGCUGUGGAGUCAUUGGUUAUCGUUCCUUCAGGCUUUCUUUAGGUGUUUCAGUUCAAACUGUAGAGAGUAAAAAGAGACGUCUGGAAGUUCCUCAGCUGGACUUUAACAUAUUUGAUGCUUUAACCUGCUGGAAUCGGAGUAUGAUUCACCGUCGUCUUCAUAUUCCAGCUGCUCACUGUGGACAAAUGCAGUGGAUAAAACUUGCAGCUGCUGUUGAAUGAUUGUACGACGCUGCAGUCUGAACACAAUCGACUGUGACUUCCUGUUUUCUGGAGCUGCUUUAAACGGACGCAGGAAUGUACAGAAGGUUCUUUAUCAUCUCGUGGCCAAAAAAUUAUCAUGCAGCCAAAAGUUUUCGAAAUCCAGCAACUGUGACGCGAAAAAGCUUCUUUUUUCUGCCUUUUUCCACCUGAACUUCCUGCUCAUCCAGCAUCUUCUGUAUUAAUCUUCCAGUCGUGUUGAAAGCUAUACUCCGUCCUUCUGGCUUCAAACCAGAUCUGAGGGUGAAACCAGGCUGAUAAAUUAGCAGGAAUCUGAGGCCACAUUUUCCUCAAGUUUGCACAAAUUUUCCAUCUAAGACCUGCAGCAGGGUUUCAGUGUUCGUUCCUCACCUGAAAAGUCCAAUCAGGUAAACGGCAUCUCUUAAUACAGCUGCUGCCUCAUGACGUUUGCGUUCCUGGACUGUUUCCUGUCUUCUGGUGGGGAAUUGCAGCCAAAAGACGCCUUUGUCAACAGAAAACUGACCCGUCCAGAUGAAAACAGCACUUUUAGUUUGUUGUGAGAGUUUUAAAACGCUGUUAAAUCACCGACUGAACAGAUUCUAGAAGAAGGAGAAAGAAGAAACAGUGAAGAAACAGCAAAUUAGAUUGUUUCUGUUUAUUUAAAGCGAAUAAACUCAGCUGCAGAAUUUCGUCACAAGGUGGCACUGUAGCCAGAAAAAAAUAGUGUUGCCAACCAAUAAAAAUCCCUAAAACGAAGAGGAGACAAAACUUGAGAGAAAAAUUUAAAGGAGUUGUCGGGAAUUUCGUACAUUUGGGAAAGUUGUAACGAUGCAUUCAUGUCAGCUGGUUUUGGCCAUUUUUCUGAAUGUUCAGAGACAGAAACAUCGAAUUAGUUACUUGAGUUAAAAUUUUCUUAUGUCAGAACUUGAUCAAAAAAAGAUGUUUCCAUCUCCUAUUGACUAUUUUUCCAAAAAGUCAAAAAACACCUCAAGUAUAGGUAAAAACUUUUUGCAAAAUUAGUUGGGGUUUUUUCCGAAUUUUGUGAUUUAAAUUUUUCACAAAUGCCAUACAUCAAAAAUAAACGCUACAAUAUCACAGCUAAUGACAACAGAAACACAGCUGAGUGUUUAAUUUUGCAACUUGCUGGUAAAAGCAUUUCUAAUAAUCGAUGCCAAAGUUAAAGUUCAACAACUUUCUCUCGCUUAAAGUGGUGUCAUCUGCAUAAGGUCGAAGAAACUCUAAAUUAGACUUGUUCCUAUCUGUCAAUAAACUCAGCUGCGUAGUGUCGUCAGAAGGUGGCGCUGUGUCAGAACUUAAUUUUAAAAAAGGUGUUUCAAUCUCCUAUUAACUAUUUUUUUAAAAGUCAAAAACCACCUCAAGUGUAAGUACAAAAUUCUUGCAAUUCUUUUUUUUUUAUUUUACCGUUUCCAUUAACUUUCACUAAUGCCAUACAUUAAAAAUAUGCUGCAAUAUCACAUCUAAUGACAACAGAACCACAACUGACUGUUUCACUUGUUGUUAAAAGCAGUUUUGUUUCUAAUAUUCUGUGCCAAAGUCCAAAAACUUUCUCUUGCUUAAAGUGAUAUCAUCUGCAUAGUCGAAUUUGCCAAAUGACAAAUAUUACAAUAGAGCUGCCGCAAAAGACUAUUUAUCUGUCAGACUCUUAUACAGAUUAGUCGAUUAAUCUAAAUGAUUAAUUUUCCUCCAAAAGAAGUUUGUUCACUCAAAUAAAAACACUCCACAAGACGAAACAGGAUUAAUUUAGGAAUAAACUCGCAGUUGUUGUAAUUAUUUUACCGUCUAGGUUACGUAGAUGAGGCGUUGUUCACAUGCCCACAAAAUUAGCGUCUAUAUACUGAACAAAUUCACAUUUUUAGCUCAGUUUUUGCUGUGCAGAAGCAAAUUUUGCUCAGAUUGUGGAAAUUUAACAUCACUCAGACCCCCAUAGACUCAGAAAUUUAAUGGAGGAAGAUUCAUUUUUAUGAUUUUAAGAAGUUUCCUGCAGCUCAUCUCAAGUCUUCAGACUUAUGAAACAGUUUCUGCUUGACCAUCUCUGAUUUGCCUGAAAGUUUGGAUAGCUAAAUUGGUAUUUGUAAAAUUUUACAUUGAUUCAUGAAAUACAAAUUGCCUGUUUCAGCGCAUUUUUUAUACAUUGAAAUUUGAGUCUGUUUGAACAACAACACGAUUAUUAUUAUUAUUAUACAGUUAAACCUGAAAUUUUCAGUUAUUUUUGUUCGGGGUCCUAAUAUGAAAAAAAAUAUCACCAAUAUUUUAGUUUUUCCAGUUGUAAAAGCUCAACAAAAAUAUCUUUUUUCAUUUUUGUGAUCAAGUGUUUCAUAUUUAAAGUAUUCUAUUGGUCUAGUUUUGUAUUUUUGUGACAUUUAACUUAAAAUGGUUCAGAAAAUAUCACUAGUUGACUUCUGCAUUAUCAGUAUUUUUGUUACAGAUUAAAGGUGGGACUUUUCACGAUGGCUUUGAGUUUUUCCCAUAUUUUAACUCCCCCAAAAUCGGAUAUUAUUUGAUCAACUUGUCCGAUAUUACAGAUUCUGAAUCAAUGAUAUGAUGAGAUUAACAGUGAAACUUUCAGGUUUUUAUCUUAAAUAGUUCCUCAGAUAUUUUUGAUCGAACAAUCAAAUUUAAAGGUGCAUGGGUCAUUUUUAUUUGCAAUUAUCUUCCGAAGUAUUUGACAUAUGAAGCUAAAAUUUCACAGAUACCAUUUAAAAUAUUCACAGUUUAUGGUUGGCUACAUUUAGUUCAGUUUUCACCCUUAAACACAUCCUAUAAUAUUCAAUUGUGGAACUUUCUCUUCUUCUUAAACAUCAGCUUUGUCCAAAAUACACAUUUUAAGCUACAGUACGUUGGUAUUUAUUGCAGAGAAACUAACCUGACAGAAUUUUCCCUGAACGUAGAGUUUGUAGAAAUUGGUUUUUUUUUGCACUUUAAACUUUUCUUUCUGAAUGUUUGUGCACUGAGACAUUAAUUAUAUUGUCGAAGGUACUUUGCCGGACAAACAGUGCUAAUGAUUGUGGAUUUUAGAGAGCGUCCUGGAGCUGCAGCAGCCUUACAUGUACCAGUAUGUAAACGUAUAACGCCUUCUUUUAUCGUGUUACUUCUGCCAUGACGUGUUCUCGCUGUUGUCCACUUUUGUUUUCACCAAAUGCUGUGAAGAAACGUUUCUCUGACAGCCUCCGAUGUUCAGAAACGAGACGCAUGUCGGCUUCACGUUCUGUUGCUGACCUGUGAGUUUAUCUGCAGCUGCAUGACAGUUUAUAUUUUCUACACUUUAGCCUCCAUUUUCCUGCUGCCAGUCGGAUUCAUUGAUCUGUGAUUUAGCCAUAAAAUGAGUUUUUAAUGCAGCUAGAAAAGAUCACAAUACAUUGAUUUAUUCGGCUAAAUUUCACAUUUUUCUGCAACUUUUAAAGAAAAUCUACACUUUAUUUUGCAUUUGUGAAUGUUUUCUUUUUGACAUUUUAACUCCCUUCAUUGUGAUUUUGACUCAACAGCUGCUUUAAAUAAAUCUCAGACAAACUGACAUUUUGGGAAACGCUAAUCUACUUUGCUUUGAAUUAGAUUACAUUUCUACAGCAAAUAAUCUGAAUUUUUUGUGCUUUUUAACCCUCUGAGCCCCCAAAAGCAGGUUAUCUUUAUAGUUGAAGAACAAAUAUCACCACUGUUACAGCAUUUAUCAGAGCUAAAAAUGGUGAAAACAGAAAAGGAAUUGUUGGAUUCUCAACUUUCCGACUGUACUUGAACUAAUCGUCUGAAACUACCAAAUUUAAGCGUCUAUUUCAUCAGAUUUGGUUUAUUCUACAUGCUGCUUUUAAAAAUUUGUUAAAAACAACACCGCUUGUACUAAAAAGAUUCUGUAAAAUAGAAAAAAUUCUGCACUCUCUGGUGCAUCUGUGGAGCCAUUUUUGACUAAGUUGUGACUAACAGUCAUGUGACAAAAAAAUCAGUUUUCAGGUGAACUGCAGGCAGUGUUUAAAUUAAAAAUGAGCCCACAGUGAGCAAAAAAAACAUCCAGAAACUGCUUAAAGUUUAGAGGGUUAAACUUACAGCAAAUAAAAUGUUAAUUAAUGACUUUUAAAAGCUGCUGUUAGCCUGGUUUGGUACCUUUAAAUUCAGCCAGGCUAGCAGUUUCCCUUCAUUUGCAGUCAUUAUGCUAAGCUAAGCUAAUCACCACAGAGAAAGUAUUUCCCAGAAUGUCAAAGUGUCUUUUAAGGCUUCCGUCGGUGACGGAGGGAAAAUAACUGAAUUAAACUGCUGAUUUCUUUAUCAUAGGUUAUUAUUUUUUUAUUCUUUGUGGCUGAACCAGCAGAGAUUUUCAUGCCUUAAGUGUCUGUACGAAGUGACGUGGUUGUAUCAGAUCAGAUUUUCAUCGUCUAAAUAAAAAAUAUAUUUGAAGUGAA